AUAUAUUUAAUAUUCUUUCUGAAACUCACUUGCAUCGAUCCCAUACUACGAAAUGGUGUCCUUUAGUGUCAACUCGCCUAUUCCUACAGACAUCACUACCGAGUGUCGCAAAUGCGCUAAUAUCAUCGACCACUUUGUUAAACCCGAGAAAAAUAAAGGUCCUGACCAGCUUAUUCCCACUCAUAUUCUGGCGAAUGCCAAGGGAGUUGCCAUCAUCACUGUCAUCAAAGCAGGAUUCAUCUUUUCUGGACGGGGCGGAAGUGGUCUUGUUGUUGCCAAACUCGCUGAUGGAUCCUGGUCUGCACCGUCUGCUAUCGGCACUGCUGGAAUGGGUGUUGGAGGACAGAUUGGUGCGGAAAUCACCGAUUUUGUUAUCAUCUUAAAUACCGAUGAUGCGGUUCGUGCAUUUAGUAUGGGUGGAAAUGUCACUAUUGGUGGAAAUCUGUCAGUUGCUGCUGGCCCUUUUGGUAGAAACGCUGAAGCAAGUGGAGCCAUUGGAUGUUUAGCUGCUAUAUACUCGUACUCAAAAACAAAAGGACUUUUUGCUGGAGUUUCUAUUGAAGGAUCUGUUAUUGUCGAACGAAAAGAAACCAAUGCAUCCUUUUAUAAUGCUCGUCAUACUCCUCGCGAGAUUCUUUCGGGAUCAGUCAUGAAGCCAAAUGCAGCUCAAGUGUUGUAUCGUGCUUUGGACAGACGUGUAGCUGCUUCUAAUCCACAGAUGCCACAAGGCUCUGAAUUAAACACGGCCAAUCCUAUGUCGGCACCCAUUCAUAACUCUAGUAAUCUGCCAGCGUAUACUUAUGGAGGACCAGUCGGUUCUUCUAAAGUUUCGCCACCUACCCCCGGAUAUAUUGCUACACCUACAACUUCCACUGGUUUACGCAAGCCACCUCCAAUCCCUCCUGUUCUUCCUCCUCGUGUACUUGCUGCUCGCGCUCUGUAUGAUUUUAAUGGAGAGCAGCCGACCGAUCUGAGUUUCAAGAAGGAUGAUAUUGUCAUUGUUACUAAGCGCACAGAUAGUACUGAAAGCUGGUGGGAAGGCGAAUGUGAUGGUCGCAAGGGCGAAUUUCCAGGAAAUUAUGUCCAGUUAUAGUACCCUGUCCGAGGUACAGAUACAUAGUACAAAUAGGACCUUGGGUGUAUUUUGAUUUACAAUCUUGAAAUCUCACCAUCUACUAAAUGAAUUCGCAUUCUUUUG